UCUGCCUCAUUUUUGUGCACUUAAUCUGAGAGAAGGGAUGAACGGCGUGGAUAAACGGAUACAUAACGGUGGGCCCUCCCACAGAACUGUCCGUUCGUGGCUAGAGACGAGCGGUGGUAGGACGCAAUCCGCGCCCCUCCGCCGGAGGAUUCGCUACCGAAUCCAAGUCCCCCGCACCUCAGGGUGCAGCACACGCCUACUCGAAUCUGGCACGUGUCGAUACCUGCUAAUAUGCGCCGUUAGCACUCCAGAAGCAGAACAGCAAGAGAGUCGGAGGAGCCGAACGAAGGCUUCUGUUGUGUGCGCAAAUAACCCGCCAGCGCAGGCAAGAAAGAGCCAUUUUCGUCCGUACCCAUUUUCUUAGUACAGAAUCUGUUAUGGCUAUCUCAUUGGACUUCAAGGCAUUCAUUGUCCGUGCACAUGUGCUGAAGCUCUACAGACAAGCACUAAGGACUGCUCAGAGAGCCCCUAUUCAUGCCAGAGCUGAGCUGAGACGGACAAUGAGGCAAGAGAUGGAGAAGAACCGGCAUUGUGAUGACAAGCAGAAGGUCCGUUUCUUGAUUAGUGAAGGACUUCGGAGAUUGAAAGAACUAGAUGAGAUGCUCCAUAUGCAAGGUCACUCUUAGCAGAUACCAUCUUGCAUCGAAUUGGCUUUCACCAUAUUUCUGAUGAUGAUGAAGUCUGCUAGCUGAAGGUGAAGUUGACAUGUUGGCCCACUUUCUAUUUAGAUCAAUCUCAAAGUAGAUAUGAGCAUCGCAAAGCAUCUAAAUUUCAUUGCUAUUCCAAACAUGAUUGAUUGUUGAUUGAUGUAAGAAACUUCCUGUAACUCGAAAGAUGUAGCAUGCCUUAUUUAAUUCUCCUUUUUGAAGCAUGAGGUUUGUUAGCUCCA